AUGGAGAAUGGAAGCAAGAUUCGGAGAAACCACAAGCGUAUGAAAUCAUCAGUUUUUCCCAAAUCUCAAAAUAUCUCCAAAGACUUCCGAAGUCUGAUCCCUUCUAGCAUGAGGCGGCAAACAGAUCUUGUGGUCUCAUGUGGAGAAGUGAUAAAAGCAAAGUCGCAUGUUGUGGUCUACACCAAGGAGCGGGAUGAAGAUGAAGAAAGUGUUGGCUCUUUAUAUCAUGUUACUGUACAAGAUGAAAGGGAUACUUUAUCUCCAAUAAGGGUUGAUGAAGAAUUGGAGGAUUUUUUGUGUUACCAUAUAUCUGUCGAUGAUGGUGAACCUCAAGAAGAUGAAGACGCUAAGGAUGCUCCGGCUGAAUUUGAAGAAGGGGUAAAACCGACAGUCGACGCAUUGAAAGAAGUCAACCUUGGCACUGAUGAAGAUCCAAGGCCCACUUAUGUAAAUUCUUUACUUGCAGUCGAUGAAGAGAGUGCUUAUGUUGAAUUACUUAAAGAGUAUAAGGAUGUAUUUGCCUGGAGUUACAAAGAGAUUCCUGGCUUAGACCCUAAAGUUGCGGUCCAUCAUCUCGCUGUCAAGAACGGCACACGUCCUAUCAAACAAGCACAGCGACGUUUCAGGCCAGAAUUGGUUCCCUUGAUCGAAAAUGAAGUUAACAAGCUUAUUGAGGCUGGUUUCAUUCGCGAAGUUAAGUUCCCCACAUGGAUUUCGAGCAUUGUCCGUGUGAGAAAGAAGAAUGGACAAAUUCGAGUAUGUGUUGACUUUAGGGAUCUCAACAAUUCUUGCCCUAAGGAUGACUUUCCACUUCCCAUUGCUGAGCUUAUGAUUGAUGCCACUACUGGAUACGAGGCGAUGUCCUUCAUGGACGGCUCAUCCGGCUAUAACCAGAUCCGCAUGUCACCUAAGGAUGAAGAGCUUACCGCAUUCCGAACUCCUAAAGGUAUUUAUUGCUACAAAGUAAUGCAUUUUGGCUUGAAGAAUGCUGGAGCAACAUACCAAAGAGCUAUGCAAAAUAUCUUCGACAAUAUGCUUCACAAAAACGUCGAAUGUUAUGUUGACGAUCUGGUGGUAAAAUCAAGAAAAAAGAGUGAUCACUUGCAAGACCUAAGAAUGGUGUUUGACCUACUACGAAGGCACCAACUCAAAAUGAAUCCUUUGAAGUGUGCAUUUGAGGUUACCUCCGGAAAAUUCCUUGGCUUUGUCGUUCGACAUCGGGGGAUAGAAAUUGAUCAAGCCAAAGUAGAUUCAAUCGUGAAGAUGGCCAAGCCAAGAAACAUCCAUGAGUUGAAAAGUCUGCAAGGGAAGCUGGCGUAUCUUAGGAGAUUCAUCUCAAAUCUAGCAGGGAAGUGUCAGCCGUUCAGUCGUCUCAUAAAGAAAGGUGCUCCUUUCGAAUGGGACCAAGCUUGUGCCAACGCCUUUGAGAGCAUCAAAACUUACUUGACCAAACCUCCAGUUCUAGCGGCUCCUGUGCCUGAAAAGCCAUUGAUACUAUACAUAUCGGCACAAGAAAGUUCAGUUGGAGCACUCUUAUCCCAAGAGAAUAGCAAAGGGAAAGAAAAUGCCCUUUACUACUUGAGUAGGAUGAUGACGCCAAAUGAGUUGAAGUAUUCGCCGAUUGAAAAGUUGUGUCUGGCCUUAGUCUUCUCGCUUCAGAAGAUGAAACACUACUUUCAAGCUCAUGUAGUUCGUCUUAUUUCCAAAGCAAACCCCAUCAAAUUUGUGAUGUCGAAACCUGUCCUUAGCGACCGACUAGCAAGGUGGUAUCUCCAAGUUCAACAAUUUGAGAUUGUGUACGUUCCUCAAAAAGCUGUGAAAGGGCAAGCAUUGGCGGAUUUUCUAGCAAAACAUCUGAUACCCGAUGAUUGGGAAUUAACUGAUGAACUACCCGAUGAGGAUGCGAUGGUCAUUGAGAUUCAACAGCCUUGGAAGAUGUAUUUUGAUGGUGCUGCACAUCGCGAAAAAGCUGGCGCUGGUGUGAUAUUUGUCACUUCUCCGGAGGAGGUCUUACCGUAUUCCUUCACUUUAACACAAUGUUGCUCCAAAAAUGUUGCGGAAUAUCAGGCACUCAUACUUGGGCUUGAAAUGGUUGUUGAUAUGAAGCAGUUACAAUUACAAGUCUUUGGAGAUUCUAAAUUGGUAAUCAAUCAAUUGUUGGGUACCUACGAGGUCAAAAAGCCAGAAUUGUGUCCCUAUCAUCACUAUGCACAAAAAUUAAUUGGGUGGCUCGGCAACAUAACUCUCCAGCACGUGCCAAGAAAGGAAAAUAAGAAGGCUGAUGCUUUGGCUACUUUGGCUUCAACAUUGACUUUGCCUGACCAAGCGAAAAUCACUAUCUGCCAGAAAUGGAUAGUACCGCCGGAGGACGAUGAGGAUGAAGAAAGCAAACUCGAGCUUCUUGUGGCCGUUACUGAAGCUGAGAAAGUCGAUUGGCGACAAACCAUGAUCGAUUACUUGUGUUAUAGCAUUCUUCCAGAAGAUCCAAAAAGAAAGACCGAAAUUCGUCGUCGUGACCCUCGCUUCCUUUACUACAAAGAUACUUUGUACCGUAGAUCGUUCGAGGGAGUUCUUUUGCGUUGUCUGGGGGAAGAAGAAGUGACUCAAGCUAUGCAAGAAGCCCACUCUGGAGUUUGUGGAUCACAUCAAUCUGGGCCAAAACUGCACUUUCAUAUAAAAAGGAUGGGGUAUUAUUGGCCAACAAUGGUGAAAGAUUGUUUGGACUAUGCGCGAAGUUGCAAAGCAUGCCAAUUUCAUGCAAAUUUUAUACACCAACCUCCUGAGGUGUUACAUCCAACUGUUGCAUCUUGGCCAUUUGACGCUUGGGGGCUAGACAUGGUUGGACCGCUACCGAAAUCUUCUGGUGGCCACUUGUACAUCUUAGCUGCAACGGAUUACUUCUCAAAAUGGGCCGAGGCUGUCGCCCUCAAAGAAGUAAAAAAGGAGAAUGUGGAAAACUUCAUUCGAGUAAACAUCAUCUAUCGUUUUGGAAUUCCUAGUUAUAUCAUAACAGAUAAUGGCAAGCCGUUCUCCAACAAAUUGAUGACUAAGAUUUGCGAGCUUUUUGGCUUCAAGCAACAAAACUCGUCUAUGUAUUAUGCUGCUGUAAAUGGACUAGCUAAAGCAUUUAACAAGACCUUGUGCAACUUGUUAAAGAAGGUCGUGUCCAAGUCUAAAAGAGAUUGGCAUGAUAGAAUGGAAGAAGUUCUUUGGGCAUACCGAACGACUCAUCGCACACCGAAUCAAGCAACUCCUUAUUCUCUUGUUUACGGAGCUGAAGCGGUCCUUCCACUUGAACGCCAAAUACCUUCAUUGCGGCUCGCUAUCCAAGAAGGGCUCACUGAAGAAGAAAAUGCUCGUCUACGCCUUGAAGAGUUAGAGGCCCUUGAUGAGAAAAGGCUGGAAGCUCAGCAAAGCCUUGAAUGUUAUCAAGCUCGUCUUUCCCGUGCUUUCAAUAAAAAGGUUCGCCUGAGGUCCUUCCAAGUUGGUGAUCAAGUCCUGGCGGUAAGAAGACCUAUUAUCAUAUCUCAUAAAUCUGGAAGCAAGUUCACUUCAAAGUGGGAUGGGCCAUAUGUUGUCCAAGAAGACUAUACAAGUGGUGCUUACAAGCUUAUAGAUGCAGAUGGCUUGCGGAUCGGUCCCAUCAACGGAAAAUUCUUGAAGAUGUAA